AUGAGAUUUAAAAUUGUUCAAUUUAAUAUAUAAUGUCCAGGAUAUAUAAAAAAUUGUGAAACUUGUUUAAGAGAGAAAGUAGGAUUAACAAGAGUAGUUCAUAUAUGCUUAAAAUGUAAACAGGGAUAUUAUGCUGAUAGAUUAUCAGGUAAAUGUUUCAUAUGUCCAUCUGAAUUAAAUUGUUAACAUUGUUCUUAAUAGCAAAAAUUGUCAAAAGAUUCUUGGAAGAUUAAUAUUAGAGCUUUCUAUCAACUUUUUAUUAGUUCAAAUUAUGAUCAUCCUUUUAAAGUUUUUGCUCAAAGUGAAAGUAAGAAUGAUUAUGAAAUUAUUUGCACUUUUNUAUCAUCCAUGUUAGUGCAUUAUUCAAUAUCAAAAUUAAUUUCUUUAUUUAAAUAUCAUUUAUAUAUAAAUAACCCUAAUUUUAUAAAAAAUUUUAUUAUUUUUGGAAACUAUCUUUAAGGUUUUCCCAAUGUUGCAUCUUUUUUUUAAAAGUCCCCUAAGAAAAAAAAGUGCAACAUUGAGGAACGUUCGCAUCAACACUUUCCCAAUCGAAAAAAUAGAUACUGUAAUACAAUCAUUAUUUACUACAGUACUAUUUUACCAAACCCAAAUCCAGAAAUUUGAAGGAAACAGAAAAAAAAAUCCUCUUCCGUUGACGAACUUCUUAACCAAAGUAGCCCCUACUCUAUUAAGGUAUAAAAUCCAAAAGGCUGAUAAUGAAAAAAAAUGA